AUGGAAGGCAAUGCAAAUAUAACUAGACUAAUUAUAGAUAACUGUAUUAUAUUAGAUGAGAAUAAUUUAAAUACACCAAAUAGACCAAAUACAACAGAAGAUGGUAUAGAUAGACCAAAUACAACAGAAUACAGCGUAUACACACUAAAUACAACAGAAAAUAGACCAAAUAUAUCAAAUACAACAGAAAAUAGACCAAAUACAACAGAAAAUAGUAUAAAUAGACCAAAUACAACAGAAGAUAGACCAAAUAUAUCAAAUACAACAGAAAAUGAUAUAAAUAUACCAGAAGAUAGACCAAAUAUAUCAAAUACAACAGAAUACAGUGCAUACACACUAAAUACAACAGAAAAUGGUAUAAAUAUACCAGAAGAUAGACCAGACGAUAGUAUAAAUACAACAGAAGAUAGCACAGAUCCGAAAUUAUUAUGUUUGAAAGUGUUUAUGAUGAUUGUGUGUAUUAUUGUAUCUCUAUUAAUACUGUAUAUACCAGUAAUAUACAAUUUAUUAAGAAAUUAA